AUGGGCGACAUGGAUGACCUAUUGGAUCAAAUGGAGUCUGAUCUGAUAAAAACAACUCAAACAAAUCAACCGCCUCCACUUCUACCUCCAACAUCAAUAGCAAUGCAGCCACGCGGUCUUCGUCAAAAUCCGGCACCUAAAAGCGUUGUGACGGUUUCGAAAUUCGUGAUCAGUGACGACAUGAAUAAGCAUAUGGAGGGUCAUGUAAGCAUUGAUUCCUCUUUGUUGCCGAACACAUUUCAGUCUAAGCCUAUUUCUCAACUCAGAGAUGAUGAAAUUGUGCCAAAAAAAGAAAACAUUCUUUUUUCUUUAGUCAGUGGAAACCAGAAGAUCGAAGAUCUUCGCGAAGAUUGCGUUGUAGAAAAAAAUGAAGUAGCUGACAAAGUAGAAGCCUGCACGACAGAAGUAUUAUCGCAUGUAGAAGUUCAAGAAAUUAUUGAGACAAAAUCACAUACUGAAGUUCAGCAGGAAGAAGAUGCAGUAUCGGAAGUUGAAGAGGUUUGUGUGUAUUUGAUGUUUUUGCUGAAAAAAUCAAUAUUUUUCCAGGAAACGCUUAUUCCGGAAACUCAAGUAAUUUCCAAUUUGAAUGCAACUGCUCGAGAAGCUGUUCCCCUCACUUCCCAAAUUCAAGUAACACCUCGAAAGAUAGAGCUUGAUACUGAAAUGGAAUCCAUGUUAGACCAUUUGAAUGGCGUGGAAGAUGAAAGCGAUCAGAACCGAAGUCUUUCUGAACCAGAAACACAAAACAAUGACACAUCUACAAGAAAAGCCGGAGGGCGUGAUUUCAGUGACGAAUCCAGCGAUGAAUCAAUCCUCUUUCAGUAUGCUGAUAAGAUUUCAGAAGAAGUGAUGACUGCCGCUUUGGGCACUCGAAAGUUGCAUUAUGAUCCGGCAGUACAAGAAUUUUAUCAUGCGAAUGACUCCAUACCAGAUGUGUUUGCCAUGAGUUUUGCUAGUACGACAUCACGCAAAUCGGAAUUGAACAAUGACACUUCUAACCAGUUGUCUGGAACUGAAAACAAACAGAAGCUACCUUCAGUUGUCGAGCAAGUCGAGCAAGCCGAGGAAUCAGAAAAAGAAAACGAACCAGAUGAACAACAGGACAACUCGGAAUCUGACUGCUCUUUAAAACACGACAAGGAGGACAGUUCACCGCAGAACGUAGAAUCGGAAACAGUACACAUGACAUCGUUAGAACAGUAUCCAGAAGUAUCUUUACUCACAGAUGUUAUUUCGGUGGAAGAAGAAAUCGCAGCUUCGGAUAUCAGUGGGGACUGUUCUAUGGAUUCAAAAGACACAGAGCAACCUGUGGUAGAACAACCUUCUAUUAACGAUAGUGAGGAUAAUAUUGCUACUGAAGCAAAUACUCCAGUUGUGGAGAAAAACUCUGAAGAAAAGGUCACAAGUGAAACUGUUGAUUCGAUGCCUUCUGAUGACGAUGAAAGCGCACCGGAAACUGUCGUUGAAGCAGUGGGAUUUAAAGCCCCAACAACAGAUGAAGAAGAAAAUCGAGAAGACGCUGAUUCUAUAGUGGAAAGUGUAUCUAACGACAGCCAAGAUUCACUUGUUGGAACUACUGAAGACGAAACUGAAAAUAGGCCGAGAUUCGAUUCUUCAAUAGCCACUGUUCACGUUCUGCACGAAUCAGAUUCUGAUGAGAGUCAACCUCGCCGGGAAAGAAGGCUAACUGAAUCCGAACUUCAACUUGGAAAAACUUCUCCUUAUUGGAUUCCUGACUCAGAGUGUCAAAACUGUAUGCUUUGCAAUGUCAAAUUCACAAUCAUUACGCGCCGCCAUCAUUGCCGUGCAUGUGGUCGAGUUCUAUGUGGAUCAUGCUGUUCGGAAAAGUCGGUUCUCGACUACUUGAAAGAAGAUGGAAAGAAGCCACAAGCAGUUCGAGUAUGUAAGCCAUGCUCCACGAUGCUAUCAAGGAUUGAAUCCCACGAAGAGGAGGAGAGACGUCGACUGACAGAUGCUCACGACAGAUCGUACAACGAAGAAGAUACAUCUACUUCAACGACUCCACACGCCACAACAGUGCCGCGAGGGGUUCUCAAAGCACGUUCAAUGACACAGACUAACGAAGAAGAAGGCCCCUCAACGAGCAGUCAAGUCCCUUCAUCAUCUUCGAACGUGUCAGAAUCAGCAAAACGAUCGGUAGUAUUUCGUGAUGGAGUUCGGCCAGGUGCUCCAGCAGAUGAACAAAAUCCAGAAGAAGAACGAUCCACUGCACUGAAACCAAAAAAGAAGUCCAGAAAGCGCACAGCGGUGGUUCGAAGAAUUGCAGAAUUGAAAAUGGAAGAUGAAUUGGCAUGUGCUUUGCCGAAAGAAGGUGUCACAAAACUCCUUAUUGUGAAACCGGAUUCGGAGCAACCAAAAUUCGAAGACGCAUCUGUGAUUCUAGAAGCUCUUUGUGACUUCACUGUCGUAACAGUUGUGUUGAAGAAGAAUCUAAACUGCACAAUGCAAAUUUUCAACAACCCAAAUUUCGGGUUGGUAUGGGCGGUGUCAUCACAAGGAUUCGCUCAAAUCGGUCUCGAUGAAUUAUUCUUCUCGUGGACACUAAGUGAUAGUGAAAAACAAAACAUGGAUUCAGAAGAGCCAGAGCUAGAUGAGAAAACCGCCCUUUCGUUAAUUCCACUCGUGGUCCUUCAUCGUAUAUCAAUGAUUUACUGUCAAUCCACCGAGCAUGAAUACGCCGGCGUACGGCGUGUGGAUAGCCGGCUCAUGCGUAUUCACACUGUUACGGAAUCGGUCACUCCUCUCCCAAAGCAUGUGAUGUUCUUCCGUCCGACCGUUCAAUCGGGUCUCGAAAACAUGCGAAUCCCUACAAAUCCAUUCCUUAUUGCCUGCUUCCUACAUGACGAUGAACUGAGCUGGGCUACUGCUCUUCCGAAUCGUCUUUUGUAUAAACUCGGAGAGAAAUACAACGUAUUCCCUACUCCUUUUGUGAAUUUUGUCAAUAGACCUGCCCUCUACAGUACUGAUGCCUCUGGUACAGUUCUCAAAGUUUUCACCGACUUCCGAUCUUGGUCAUACAGAAUGCGUCAUAUUCCCGGUUGCACAGUUUCACUGACAAACGAGAAAACUAUCAUUCGAAUUCCAAAGUCGUGCAUGAAAGAAGUAAGAUAUUAUGCUUUUUGGUUAUUUUUUCUUCAAUUCAAAUUUCAGCUGAAAGAGAUUAUCACCUUCAGCCGAUCAAUGGUUGCGUGGAGCUGUGAUAUGAAUCAAGAUGACGAUAGUGUUCUUGUUUGCGAAGAGACUGAUCCAGGACUCUACUCUACACAAGUCUUCGCCAAAUACAUGGGACAAAGAGAAUCUACAAGUGCAUCAUUUUUGAUUUUGGAUGGUGGUUCCAAAGUGAAUUCUCUUCAAGUGAACGUAGUGGAAGACGGUGUGGCUAUUCGACUACAGAGUGAACGUCUCGAAGUCAUUCUCAACGCAAUCAAUGAGGGAAAUGAUGUUAUGGAAUCUUCGAAAGAUAUGGAGUUCCGCGUCGAGUUUGUAGAAGAUGGAGACUGGAUUGUUCCGGAGAACGAGUUUUAUCCAAAAUCACAGAUCGAUGGACUGGUCUUGAUUAACAAAUUCCAGUAUGGAUUGUCGCUGGAAAGAGCGCUCACUCAGGUUUUACAAGUUCAAGGAAUCAGUGAAUACGGUAUCCGAAUGUCACAUGUAUAUAAUCUCGGUGACGGGCGACUUCAGCCUGAAGAAGAGCCGAAAAUUUAUGGAUUGGUCGAGAUUGCUGCUAAAGAGUGCGUGGCGAUGCUGGAACCUCAUAUUCUGUUUUUGAUUCAUGCAGGAAUACAAAGUGUUUCAAUCCGAUUGUUCGUUUCUCCAUAUGAAUUCGAGUACGACGUCUCGAAGUGGAUUGGUCUGGAGGCAGAAAACGAUAAAUACAAACAAAGUCUCGAUCAGCUUAUUCCAAUGCUGUACAAUAUGGUGCAAUAUGUUCCGAAUGGAUUUGAAGUCGAGUUCGUUCUCUCAAUUGUAUCAACCAGAGCCCUACCAAUUUAA